AUCUCCCAAAGAGCUAUCUGCUAAGCCGCAUGAGGAGACGUCAGCUCAAAGCUACAUGAUCGCAUCCCUCUGUGACAAGGAAAGGAUGUUCUGACAAUGCAGACUAAUUAAUUCAACUCUCCACAACUUUUUUGGGGGGCUGUAAUGAGGGAUGCCUAACUUAUAUCAGUCGGUGAACUAAAAAUUUAAGACUUAUUUCUCUACAGUGACUCGGAAUAAGGAAUCAUUAUGCCCGAUCUGUCUUUUAAAUGCAUUUGGUGGGUUUUGGUAUUGUUGUUGACCGGACAUUGUUCCUUAGAUGCAGGUAUGUAUCUACUCUACAUGAAGGCCUUGUGGAGUUUUGUGAUGCUUGCAAUCUUGUGACCCUGUGUUCUUUGUUCUUAAUCAGAUUCUGGAGCUCGCAAGGAUUAUUUACCAAAUGGAUAUACAACUUUUUUGGACGCCAGUGAAGUUUCGAAUCACUUGUUGCUGCCAGUUAAAGGGAAAACUGUGAGUUACGUGUCUAGUGAAGGGAAAACGGCUCUUUCUAGACGGAAAAGAGACCUCCUGUUUCCCAAUGGAGUUAAACUUUGCUCCCAUGAGACGGUGCAACAGGCAAUACAGAAUCAUCUCAACUACUUUCACCUGCGAGUGUGCCAGGAAACAGUUUGGGAGGCUUUCAAAAUCUUCUGGGAUCGCUUACCUGAGAAAGAAGAGUAUCAGAUCUGGAUGAGGAAAUGUCAAAACAGUAGUGUUAGCGUGUUUGAUAUUGGCCGGAGCUUUAGCCAGUCAGCCGAGCACCUUACUCUGAUUUCAAGUAGGGUAGGAGUGGCUUCGGUGACAUCAUCAAGUGCGGCCACCAGCCCAUGGCAACCUGAAUGCAGACAUCAGACAAUGAAUACUACGCCAACACAAGCAAACGUGGCCACAACCCAACAAGGCGGUAUUUUGGCUCCUAAGGCAGUAAUAGAUUCACAUGACAUUGCACCGCAGUCAACUACAGACCAACUCUUAAUCACCACUAUGGGUCCAGAGGUUCAGAUGACAACUGGAAUCACUCCUGAGUCUGAUCUCAUCACGGCCUUUGAGGACUUGACAGGGAUAAGCACUAGUUCACCUAAAGAACUUACAAGGGUGGCCACUGUGAAACCUACUUCAGAAGCAGAACUGGAGGUAAAACUGGAUGAUACUGACAGUCCCAUCAAAAUAUUAAAUUUUACCAUUCAACAAGAAGAUGCUGAAAUAGUGUUAGAGUCUAAAUUAAUGACAACUGAGAGAACUCACGAGAAGUCUACUUCAAGAACGUAUGAUUUUGAGAAUCCCACGACCUUCGAGGACUUGCUAGGAAUAAGAACUUCUCCAACAGUAGUCGCCAGUAAUGAGGCUGAUGUUGUCUCAGAGUCUACAUUAUUGACCACUGAUAGAACUCUAGAAGAUUAUACUUCAGAAAAAGAGGCUACACCUCCACUAAGCACUAAUACUCCUAUGGUAAUCAUCAGUGAAUUCACUGAAGAGCUUCAUUCAGAAUCAGAACUGGAGAUAGGACAGGAUGCUACUCAGGAUCCGGUUAAGACAACAGGCGUUACAAUUCAACAUGAAAAGGUUGACACUGCCUCUGAGUCUACAUUUAUAAACACUGAUAGAACUCCAGAAGAUUCUACUUCAGGAAAAUAUGAGUAUGUUAUUCCCACAUCCUUUGAAGACUCGAUAGGGAUCAUCGCUAUUUCUUCUACUGAGCUCACAAAUGACGCCCCUGUGAAACAAGAGGUUUCUGAGGGUCCUGUUAAAAUGGCAGAUGUCACCAUUCCACAUGAAGAGUUUGACAUUGUCUCAGAGUCUACACCGUUGACCACCGAUAGAAAUCCAGAUUAUUCUUCUUCAGGAAAAUAUGACUAUGAUAUUCCCACAUCUUUUAAGGACUCGCUAGGGACAAGUACCAUCACUCCUACAGAAAUAACUAGUGAAUCCACUGAAAAUACUAUUUCUUUAACUAAAUUGGACAUGGGGCAUGGUGCUACUAAAGAUCCUGUUAGAUCAGUAGAUGCUACAAUUCAAUAUGCAGAAACUGAUGUUGUGUCAGAGACUACAUUGAUGCCCACUGGUAGAACUCCAGUAUUUUCCACCUCAAGAAAGUACGAGACAGAUCUUCCCACAAUCCUUAAGGACUUGCCAGGAAUAGGUACUGAUGCUUCAGAGGUAGACACCAGAGAAUCUACUGAAAAUUUUAUUUCAAUUAUUGAGGAUGAUGUUGGUUGGGGUGUUACUGAAAGUCCAGUUAAUUCAGCACUUGUUACCAUUCAGCAUGUAGAUGUAGACGUCUCAGAAGAUAGAAUUAUGUCUCCUGACAGACAUCCGGUAGAUUCUCCUACAGAAAUAUCUCCUGUUCAGAAUGUCUUACCUGAGGAACCAGUGCAGACAACUCCUACAAAACUCAAAGAGGUUUUGCCUAAUCCCCCCACAGAAGGGUUGCCAAAAGCUCAGACAGAUAAGGAUGUUGUCGAAAUCACAUAUAUGACCACAGUGCCAGAAAUCCUGUCACCCACUACUCCUGUAAAUACCUCACUUGAUGCUGUAUCAACGGAGGAUGGAUCCAAAGACAUUGAAAUUGUUACAUUACAUGGCAAAGAUGAGGAGGAAGAGACACCCUACACUAAACCUACACCAGAGCUGAUAACACAUGAAGAACAACCAGGUACCAUGACAGAAAGUACUCAUGAAGUGUUUAAGGAAUCACAUGAGCCUAUCAAUGUCUCAACUGAGUUUGAAGAGAAUCAUUCAGGUAAGGAAGAGGGCAUUAUAACUGAGUCCCCAGAAGUUGCUGAGGUCACAGCUGGAGAGACAUCUAGAUUUACACAGGAAACUGCAGGAGGUACUGAAUCUGUGUUCACUGAGAAAGACAUGCAUGUUGAUGAGGACUUAACUAUCACUGUGAAACCUGGUGAGAUGACAACAGAGGCAACACAAGUUGCUGGGGUUGAAUUUGAAGACAUUGGCACGGACAAAGUAACAGUUCUUGAAAACACGCUUGAAGAUUUUGUUGGAGGAACAAGUGAAGCUACCGCUGAAUUAAGUGAUGUAACUGAAGCUUUCAUCUUAGAAGAAUCAUCUGUGGCAAGUUCUGAAGAAAGUUCUACUUGGAGAACAGAAACUACUAAGACCACAAGUCAGACCACAACUGGAAUCACACCAGAGACCACGCUUGAUACUUCUUUUAACAUUGGUACCUCUGAAACUGACAUUCUAGAGUUUGUAACUAAAGGCAUGGAAGACAAGCUAGAAGAUACAACUAAAAUGGAUGAAGGGGAUGAGGAAACACUUUUGGAAGUUUUUGAAGGCACAAUGCCAGAUCUUACUAUUAAUGGGAUGGAAAAAGACAUGUUGACAACUGCCAUAAAGAAGGACAUACUUGAAGUUACAGAGCCACCCAAAAUUCCAAAGGACACACAUACAAUUGCAGUGGAAAUCACACAUGAAGUCACAGAUGGACAUGAGACCAGAGACUCCUUACCUGAGACUCCUGAAGUUGCAACAGAGACACCUAAAGUCAUUACAGAAGCUGAUGUCAUAACAGAGACAACUCAUGUCAUAUCUCAAGCGCCCAAAGUUAUACUGAAGACAAGUGGAGCCAUCUCAGAGACAUAUGAAGUCACAUCUCAGACACCUUUGUCAAUAUCUGAACUUUCAAAGGUACCUGAGAAAUUACCUGAAACGCCUGAGAUACACGUGGUCCAUCCAGAACCUUCAGAGGACGAUAUCCCAACACCUAUCUUGAAAGUGGAGGAUAUCACAGUUGUACUAAAUGACUUGACAACCACUAUACAAAAGACUUACUCUACCACAUUACAAAACUUGCCACAGGACAUUUCUAAUGAUAUUUUAGAUGAAAGCAGCAAGAUUGGAAAUGAAGUUGAUGACAUUAUAGUCCGACCAGCACGUCCUGUCGGUGAUCAUAUUGUGGAGUUGAGUAUUAAGAUAAGAGGUGAAAGCUAUGAUGAUGCUCUGAGAGAUCCAUCAAGUUACUACUAUCAGUAUCUAUCAGAACUGUUCAUCGAUAAGAUUGAAGACGUUUUUAAACGGCUCCCAGGUUUUAAGAAAAUACUUGUCCUUGAAUUCAGGCCACAGAAGGACAUUGAAGGUGGCCUGGCAGUGGUGGUGCACUAUGCUGUGGUCCUUGAGGGCGAUGGCGUGGGCAUAAGUAAUGAGACCAUGGAUUACAUAAACCUACAUUCCAACAUGGUUGAGAACUCCUUCCCAGAUCCCGAUGAGCUACCUACUGUUGUCUACACCAUCACUGACUUCCGAAACUACAUCAGUGAAGCCCUCCACAGGGAGAAUUUCAUCAGAAACACCACUCUGGAAGUGGACCCUGAUUCUUUACAACUGGAAAAUGUGGAGACAUUACUGCCUUCCAAACCAACCAGCAGACCACUUGACUCCAGUGACAUGAUGGAUAAUGUUCUUGCUUCUGAGAAACCACCAGACGUUACCAGGCAGGAAUUAUCCAACAAUGACAUCUUCAUUACAAAUCAUGACUUCCUCGACCACAUUCCCAUGACAGAUCCAUGGAUGGAAGGACAGAGUGAGGACACAAAUGAUGUAAUAAUCUUUGAGGAAAGUCCCACUCUGUCUCACACAGAUGUAUCUUUGAAGAACUUUGACAUUGACCUUACCUCUAAAGUUGAGACAUCAAGCAGUGCACCUGCUCCUGCUAUAGAUAAUGAUGGUAUUAUUGAAGAGGAGGGAUUCUUACAGACUGCAACUACAGUCAGUCCUAUCACAGGCACGAUAUCUGUAGUUGCCUUACCUACGGAAUCACUUCACAAGUUGGAAGAGACCUCAGUUUCUCCAGUGGACCCUCCUGAUGUAGAGUUGACUACUCAGAGUGACUUGAUAGACCCGGGUUCAGGCUCAGGUUUCUCUGGAGACCAUAUAGGUCCUGACUUUUGGCCUUGGGAGUCAGGAACACCAGAAGAAAUCUUGAAGGAAAGUGAGGUACACCAACCUCAGGAUGAUCAGGAAUCUAUAGUGGAACAGCUUGAGCAUCCCCACCAAGAUCUGACACCCGAGGAGCCAUUCUUGGACAGGGUUCUUGUGACACAAGACAUAAGUACUAAUCCUCACUACACAACAACUGACCAAGCUCCAGUGUUUUGGACUAUGGAGACAUUGACUGUGGAGCUUUCUAUGCAGACCCAAGUAGCUCCUGAACAAUAUGAUGACUAUUUUCCAGAUGAAUCUACCACUAUGGUUACACAUGUGACCAGUCAACCCUUACUUCAUGUCUAUAAUUCAGCAGAAACCCAAGAUGUGGAUGCAUCAAAACGUCCUGAUACAAUCAGUUCAUCUGUUGAUAAGGACUAUACAGAACGACUUGUUACACCCACUGUGAUCCCACCAAGCACAGCAGUGGACAUGGAUGACCAAACUACUUCAUCAGAAAACAAGCAGAGUCAGGGAACACAGGACUCCACAACAAAGUCAAAUGAGAUGCCUUCAACCACCCAAUUACCUGUAACCCUAGAAAUUGAUACAGUUUCUUUGGAAGGUCCUACCACUUAUUCAGAAGCUGUUGAGCAUUCUGUAACCCAAGUUAUCACAGAGUUACCUGCACUCUUAUUGUCAGAGGCAGAAGGGUCAGAUGAAGAAGUUAAUAUUCUAGAUGAGGAAAUGGAAGGCAUCAAGCUUAUACCCACAGAAAGCCAAGUAACUGAACUUUCAGAAGAGGAUUUAGCUGGGGAUGAGAUAUUGGUCGCAACAACAGACCCAACAAUAGCUACUGAGGAACCGAGUUUAAAUCAUUCAACUUCCCUGUUUCCCGAGAAGGACUCUCCGUUCACUCGGAUAUCACAUUCAUCAAUAGAAGAUGAACCAUUGCCAGAAUCAACCACAGAACCUCUACCUGCCCAAUCAUCUACUCAUUCGACGACAGCAGAGACUCCAACUGAUGUGAUACACACUGAUAUAGCAACUGUUGCAAAGGAGCCUGUUUUAUCAGAGAAUGCUGAAGAUGGAGUCUCAACUAUAAUAUUUCAGUCAUCCACAAUGCCUGUCAUUCCAGAUGUUUCAGAUCAUUCAGAGUCCCUUAGUUCCACUACUGUACCAUCAUUUUAUCAGCCAACAUUCAAAUCUACCAAUCAGAUAAUUUCAGAUGACUCUGUACAAGAGCACACAGUAGGAUCAAGCCCUGACAUCACAGGCCUCAUCCUACCAAGCAAACCAGUGAACUCUGACAGUACCACUUUGAAAGUUCCUGUUCCAGUAAAUCCCAGCAUAACAGAGUUUGAUGUAUCAUUUGAUAUAUUCCCAUUUGAUGGGCCAAACCAUGAUGAAGACAACGGUAGCGGAUUUGCUCGUGGGGCUGACUUGGCAAGUAUUGCCUUGCCAGCCAGUCCUGGAAGGGCAUUAAUAGUGUUUUUCAGCCUCAGGGUCACCAACAUGAUGUUUUCUGAAGAUCUGUUCAACAAGAGCUCAACUGAAUACAAGGCUCUUGAGCAGCGAUUUAUGGAGCUGCUCGUACCAUAUCUGCAGUCCAACCUCAGCAAUUUCCAGAAUUUAGAGAUCUUGAACUUCAGGAAUGGAAGCAUUGUGGUAAACAGCAGGAUGAAGUUUGGCAAGCCAGUUCCCCAUGGUGUAACAACAGCAGUGUACCUUAUCCUAGAAGACUUCUGCAAUACUGCUUACCAAACUAUGAAUCUUGCAAUAGACAAGUACUCAUUGGAUGUUGAAUCAGGUGACCAGGCUGAUCCAUGUAAGUUCCAAGCAUGCAAUGAGUUCUCCCAGUGUUUAGUCAACCGCUGGACAGGCGAGGCAGAGUGCGUUUGUAACGCUGGCUAUUUUAGCGUGGACGGGCUUCCUUGUCAGAGUAUCUGCGACAUACAGGAAGACUUCUGCCAGAACGAUGGGAAAUGUGACGUCAUACCUGGCAAGGGUGCCAUAUGCAGGUGUCGAGUUGGUGAAAACUGGUGGUAUCGAGGCGAACACUGUGAGGAGUAUGUGUCAGAACCGCUGGUGGUCGGCAUCGCCAUCGCCUCAGUCGCAGGGUUCCUCCUUGUGGCGUCGGGCAUGAUCUUUUUCCUUGCCAGAACUCUGCGAGACCAGUAUGACACGGAUGAUUCAGAAGACCCUUUACGAUAUUCAGAGAACAUGCCAUCUCUAGAAAGAGCCACUAAGUACAAUCCCAUGUUUGAAAGUGAAGCUACUACAGGGUAUAAUAAAUACUACCGCCGUUACCCAGAUGCCCCUGCGUACAGCACUGCCAGCGCUGAGGCCUCCACGGACUUCAGCAGCGAGGAAAUACGACACAUUUAUGAGAACAGUGAACUUACGAAAGAGGAAAUCCAGGACCGCAUUCGCAUUAUCGAGCUGUAUGCCAAGGACCGCCAGUUUGCAAAUUUUGUCCGACAGCACCAAGUGGCACUUGACAAUAGACAAGAGAGCUCUUCCAAUUAGUGAUGCAACCCACAAAACCAAAGACACAUGCCUUUUUUUCUUGAAUGCAAUCAGAGGUCCUCUUCUGCCAUGGUGGACUAUGCUGGGAGAUAGUUUGUGGAGAUGUAAAUGGACUUUUGAUUUUAUGUGCUUAUGGAUGAGUGUGCAACCAUCACGAUGAUGGAUUGACAGAUAGUGAUCUGAUGUAGAAAAAAUAUGUAUUUGUGAUUAUGUUUACUAUUGUUACUGAUGGCCUGAAUUAUUACUGCAUUGUCAAGGCCAUAUUCAUAAACAAUUGUAAGUGAUACCUAUCCGUAUCAACUGAACAUACCAGAUAACGCAACUAUAUAUACGGGCUUCAUGUUGGUUCUUCUAUUUUUUUUUUUUUUUUUGGAAAACCUAUAUUUCUUUCUUAUGGUUUUGAAUUUGUCAGUGCCUUCACUUUGAUUGUUACUUUUUUUUGAUCGUUUUUUAUUUGCGAAGCGAGACAUAAUUUCUUGUGACGUAAAAUACGGACUGACUGAAGAGAGAACGUUUGACAAUAGUUUUACUAUUUUAAUGAAUACAGAGAAGAGUAGUUCUAUAUCUAUAUUUACAACUUUAGUGUUUAGCCCUCAUGACUUUUUUGUUGUUGUUGUUAAAACAGCUUAUUGACUAAGAAUUUUCCUUAUACAAAAUAUAUAUGAUUUUAAAUUUUCAAUGUUUCUUUUAGUAAUGUGUUUUGUGUUUAGUGACUAUCCUGAAGUUAUUUUUUUCUACUUUUGUAAAACACUUGCCACACACAAGUUAUUUGAUCCAAAGUUAAUGUCCACUAUCAUUACAGAUUGUUCUAUUUAUGUAUAUUUUUAAUAUUGUUGAUUUCCAAGAUGAUUUUCA